CGGGGCCAAGGCCAGGGCCUGACCAAACCUGGAGACGGGUGGCUGAGGGGCUUCAUCUCAGCUGAGGAGCGAAGAGCCGUAGGUACCGGCGGAUCUCACAGCAGCUCGGGCCUUAUGCCAGGCUUAGAAACAUCUUGUGUACCGUACCCUCUUAGAGGACACAGUGUAGAGUAAUGGAAAAAAUUUGGCUUUGACUUGGGUGAGCACUAUUCUAAUCAUGAUUUUCUAUACUUGAAAGCUCUGUAACCUUUGACCAGUCUGUAAUCUUAGAUAAUCUAUGAAAUAGGAGUGAUAACCUCAGAGUUGUCAUGAUAAUUUUGAAAUAAGUAAAGUACCUAGUACAAUGCUGCACAAACUUACUAAUGUAAGUGCCAUCGCCCCUAGAUGGUUGUUGAUGCACCCGAUGACCAGAGAACCAGACACCCCAUGCUCUCAACCAGACUACCCUCUUCUAGGGUUUUUUGGGGAGUGGGGGUGGCGCACCUGUGGCAUAUGCAUAUUCUCAGACUAGGGGUGGAAUCAGAGCUGCAGCUGCCGGCCUACACCACAGCCACAGCGACUUGGGAUUCAAGCUAUACCACAGCUCACAGCAAUGCCGAAUCCUUAACCCACUGAGCAAGGCCAGGGAUUGAACCCACCUCCUCAUGGAUACUAGUCAGGUUUUUAGAACUUCAGCUAUAAAAAUGGGCAGGAUUUUCCUUGAUCACAUCGGUGGUACCCGUCUGUUUUCCUGUGCAAACUGCGAUACGAUCCUGACCAACCGCUCAGAGCUCAUCUCCACUCGGUUCACAGGCGCCACUGGCAGAGCAUUUCUUUUUAACAAGGUAGUUAACCUGCAGUACAGUGAAGUUCAAGACCGUGUCAUGCUCACUGGCCGCCACAUGGUUCGAGAUGUGAGCUGCAAAAACUGCAAUAGCAAACUGGGAUGGAUCUAUGAGUUUGCCACUGAAGACAGCCAGCGUUAUAAGGAAGGCCGUGUGAUCCUGGAACGAGCUCUAGUUCGAGAAAGUGAGGGCUUUGAGGAGCAUGUACCAUCUGAUAACUCUUGAAGAAAAAAAGAUAAAUACAUCUUUUCCCAGGUCUCCUUCACUGAAAACAAAAAUCUACUUACAUACACUGUCACCUUAGCAUCAGAGUCGGAUUCAUGAACUGCGGAACGAGGUUGUGAGAAUCUAUGAUGGAACCUUUCUUUCUUUCUUUCUUUUUUUUUUAAAUUUUCUAUUCUCCAUCCAACAGCAGUGUGUAGAGAGAUUAUUAUGCAGUUGCCGUUAAUUAUUUUUCCCCUAUGUUUACAUCUUGAGGCAGAAUAGUUUAUCUGCAGCGAUAUGGUGGGCUAUGUGAGGAAAAAAAUCUGGGCUAUUAGAAUGAAAAAGUGUUUUAUGUAAAUUUUGAAAGGAAAAUGUGUCAGGAGCAUGGUUUUUAAAUUUAUUUGGGCUUCAUUUUAAAACUUUUUUUUAAAAAAACCCAAUUAUUUCACUUGAUUUGCUAGCUUCAGAGAAGAGAUCCGAAUUUGUGACCAGCGCUAAAGGUUCAGUGUUAGUAUGGCUUGUGCUGGCCAUUGUGCCAUAUUCUUGUUGGAGAUGAACCGUAGCAUCAGAGCCCAUUCUUCCUUGUCAGUCUUGACCCAAAGAUGUCACCAUUCCUAGUUAUUUGUCACCACAUAAUUGGUGUUGAUUGGAAACUUUUCCUGAUAUGGGGCAGAACUGCUUGGUUGUCUUUUCCAUGUAACUUAAGCAUAGUAAUAUAAAUAAAGUAAUAGUUGGAUGUUUUUGGUCCUGUGUUGCUUUUAAAAUCACCUUUUAAAAGAGCAGAAUAUUUGAUUAGUUAUUUGCAUAGUAGUUUUUCUUUUCAUCUCUUAAGCUAAGUUGACUUUGUAUGAGAUACUACUUUGUUUAAAGCAUACUGUUUAAAUCCACAGUAUUGCAUUUAGAAACCAGUUAACAGAAUGUCAGUGUGCAUUCAUGCAGAAAGCAUUUCAUCUGCAUCUGUUUUAAAGGGAGGGAAAUGAAGCAGCCUAUCUAAAAAUACUGCUUUGCAAAGCAUUUCAGCCUAUCCUUCUCAGUUUUGCAUUGAUUUUGACAAGUCUGUAGAGCCUAUUACAUCAAAAGCACUAGAUCUCCUAGCGUUAUUUUCUCAGAUCUUCCCUCAGAAGUUCAGCUGUUGAAAUCAAAACUGUACUUGGUCCCUUCAAGUGGAAUGGGAUCAAAUUUGACUCAGGGGGUUAUUUUAACCCAAAAUUUACAACAUUGUGAAGUAUUAAAAUAUAAAUGUUUCUUUAUCCAAACUAUUUCUAGAUAUUCUAGUAUUUGUUUUUGGUGGAAUAAAUGGCAUUAAAAUUGGCUAACUACCUAAUGAAUGGAUGUUUGCUCAACUUCUAGGCCUUUGUCUAGAGAUGAAAUUUGCCUCAAAUUAAUUAGGAAAGUCUUUCUGUCAUUUAUAUUAGAAGUGACUUCUGAGUACAGUUAGGAUUAAGUUUCUCUUAUUUGCCUUUGAGCCCUUGGUUAGAGGCAUAGGUCUCUGAUUUGGUAGGUGUAUAAUAUUGCAUUUGAGAUACAUGGACACAAAUUCUUCUCUUUCAUUCACCGUGGACUAAAUCUUCAUUAAGAAACAACAUUGAUUUCCAUCCUGGCCUUUGAUUAUAUGCAGAUUCCUAGUAGCAUGCCUUACUUAUAGCACUAUGUGCAUUUGCUGUCACAAUAAAGUAUAUUUUGUCUUGCA